AUGGUAUUCUGGGCGUCCAAGUUCUACACUGCAUCAGACACCAAGCAUACCGGGACGCCGUCAGCUAUCCGAAUCCGCUAUGCAUACACGUCAGACUUCAAGACGUUCAGCGCACCGCAGACGUACAUUGACAGGUCUCCAACAAAUAUCAUUGACUUGACGAUUCUCCCCUACGGCGAUGGUAAGUCGUUCCUGCGCUUCAUGAAGGAUGAGACUCUCAAGACGGUCUUCGUCGAGUACUCCACGUCCGGCCUCUUCGGCACAUGGACUCGGCCGGGCGGUAGCAGCGCGAUCAUCCAGUCAAGCGUCGAGGGCCCUGCCGCGUACUGGGACAAUCAGGUCAGCGGGAAGGCGCACGUGUUGCUAGACUUCUACGGCGGCGACGGGUACCAUCCGUACGAGACGAGCAACCCGCAGAGCAAUACCGGCUGGACGGCCAGCAACAUGACAAACUUCCCGAAGAAUUUGAGGCAUGGAAAAUUUAUCGACAGACUGUUCCAGCUACCGAACACUCUUGCUGGUGAUGCCGCCGUCACAAUCAUUGUUCAGUGUAUCAUCACCUGGCUCAUCGAGCUGAUCCUGGUAAACCGGGAUAUCAAGUCUGGCCCUGUCCAGCCCAUUGGGUUCAUCCCGGAGCCCGAGAAUCGUGUACUCCGCUGGUACAUGUUUCUCGACCGGAAGAAGGAGCUCAACGAACCUGGGAGUGUCGGCCAUUGGGCCUUCUUUCUGUUUUCUCAGGUGCUGCGAGCGUUCAUUGUGGCUGUGAUCAGCUUUUGCUUGUUAUGGGGUCCUUGCGUCGGCAUCCUAACAGCCGUGGGCACGAAGAGGGGUGGCGACUGGUACUUCACGGCAAAAUGGGCGCCGCAGAUAUUCAAGCUGCUCCUAGGAGGCAUCUUGGGCCUGUUGACAACACCGCCGUUCGCGGUGUUCUGGCUCGUCCGUGCGGGAUGGGCUUUGAGGACGAAUGAAGGCCACUCUGGAGAUUGA